CAACCACAUCGGACUUCAAACCACCCGCCCCGCAAGCCUUCGUCGCCCAGCUCGCUCAUCUCCACAAGACAUUCAUCUCCCCCACAGUAGAAUUUUGGCUUCCACGAAACCUCCCUGCUACGGCACCAAACCCUUACGACGUCAUCAAGUGGGAACCCUUGCAAGGGAAGAUCAGGCCCUGCUUGAUCCACGGUGACCUCUGGGAUGAGAACAGCGCUGCUGAUGAGACAACUGGGAAGCCAUUUGUCUUUGAUCCAAUGGCCUUGUACGCCCACAACGAACACGAGAUUGGGAACUGGAGGGCGGUGAGGCAUACGCUGAGUAGGAAGGAGUAUGUGGAGCAGUAUAAGCGGUGUUUUCCGCCUGAUGAACCUGUUGAGGAGUGGGAUGAUACGAAUCUGUUGUACUCGCUCCGCUUUGAUCUUUCGGCUGCGGUUCUUAUUCCGGGGUCAGAUCCUCGAGAGAUGUGA